AUGUUGACAAUUCCUGUUAGUUUCACGUCGCCAGUUGUGAUUAGUGUUAGUAUUCUAACCGCAAUCGGUGCUUAUGUACUUUUUGGACCGGAACCAAAAGAUCGAAGAAAGAAAGGUCAUCCUGGUGGACUGAUCAAUUAUGGAAACAAUUGUUUUGCUAACGCUAUCGUUCAAUGUCUUGCAUCUUCAUCGAUAUUUAUUUAUUGGCUCGAUCAACACGUGCAAAAUAAUCGUGUUACUCAAAUCCUUCUUGAUCUUAUUCAGUCAAUUAAUGGACAAUCAUCAGCCUUUUCACAAGACUCCACUGUUGCUAAAUUGAUUGAUCACAUGUGUCAGCCGAGAUGGUUAAGUCCAUUCGAACAACAGGAUAGUCACGAAUUUCUUCUUUCUCUGAUAAAUACAUUAACCCACAAGAAAUCGACACAGCCGAAACAACUUGGCUUUGCUGCUUGUCUUGAUUCGGAUGAACAGGAUGAUACACAGUCAAUAAUGAUCAACGAAAGUCCGUUGGUAUCUCCACAUCCAUUUCAAGGUCUACAAGCAACACAACUACAAUGCAAUGAAUGUAGACAUAAAAAUCCGAUCAGUAUGUCGCUUUUUGAAUCCCUGUCUCUAGUCAUACCUGAUCGGCAGACAGCAAGUCCAUUGACACUUGCUGUUCGACAACAACAAAACUUUACCUUACAGGAAUUGAUUGGCAAUUAUCUCAAGGCUGAGAUGAUUACUAAUUUAACAUGCAAACAGUGUAAAUCAAAAGGAAAUUUAUCACAUCGGAAAAUAACAACGUUUUCUCGAUUGCCGGAAAUCCUUUGUUUGCAUAUCAUUCGCACGACAUGGACCAAUGAAGGUUGGCCGAUAAAAAAUACAAGUCAUGUUUCAUUUCCUGAUCUAUUGGACAUGAAUCCGUUCAUAUCGUUAUCACGUCUUCUACCAGCAAAUUUACCUCCAACUCAACCGAUCAAGAAACCAUCGAAUGCUUUCUAUCGACUCAAUUCCGUUCUUGUACAUUUAGGUGGUAUCAGUGAAGCUGGACAUUUUAUUGUCUAUAGAAGACGGGUGGAUAACAAGGGAUGGCUAUCCAUAUCUGAUGAUUACGUUCGAGAAUGCAGUGACCUUCAAAUUGCGCAACAUGUACUAUUGUUCUCGGUCUUGUUGAAAAACUAUCCGUUUUUUUACAAUGAAAGUUUUAUCGAUUCUUUUGAACAAGUUUGUAAUGCAUUACCAGCCGAUUUUCCAGCCUAUUGUAAAGUUACCAUUGAGUAUCUGGGUGCUAUUAUUCUUGACGAAUUCCUCAAUAAAGAAACAUCAGAUAUGAUCUGCCACACACUAGAACUUAAUCGCAAUGAUCUCGAUCACUGUAAUCAUCACGAGUAUUCGAAUAUCUCUGUCAGCGGUGCAGAUAGUGGAUCUAUUCUGAAAAUCGUCAAAUCAAUACGACGUAAUCAAGAGAGUGAUGUACCACUGUUCGUGAUUUAUUUAUUGUUAGGUAACGAUGCGUGUAAUGAUCAUCCAAACACUCUUGAUGAUGUGACAACAGUCGAACAAAUGCAGAAGAUUGUCAUGAGCGAUCCAGCUUAUUUGAAUACUGUACUGCCACACGGUAGUAACAUCUUAACAAUUGGAUUAGCCAAUGGUAGUUUAUUGUAUGAACUGUUGCCUGAUCUAAUCCAUCCAUUCGAUCAUGUUAGCGUACAAUUUACUUAUAGACAAAUAUAUGAUUAA